AUGACGGGUGUCAUUGACGAGAGGUUUCUUAGUACAGCAAGAAAGGCGCGCACCGCUGGUGAACCCUUCUGGAAGCUGCCGGGGCGUCCGAACCGUACAACGCCGCCAGGGGUAUACCCGUUCUCGACUCAUCAGCCAGCGGGCCCCAAGCCGGAGCAGGCUUCGGAAUUUCAUCGCUUCGUUCCCUCGGGCCUAGAGGAAGAAGGGUCAGACCGUGACAUGGAACCGAUGAUUAGGCUCAAUUAUGACCUACACUACGCUGAAAAUUCUAUCUUGGGCCCCCCACGUAACUCACCAUCUCCGGUGGCUGAAGAGGAAACUGACAGGUUUGGGCAUGCUGAGCAGUGGGGACACGCUUUGCUGCUGACGGCCAUGGAUGGCGGCAAAACCUCGUAUCAGGACUGGAUGGACCGACUCCAUGUUAACGCCCAAGGCGCUGACGAGGAGCUGAAUCUGGUGGAGAACGAGUCGGAAUGGGAGAUGCUUGAGUUCCGGGACGGAGAUUCUGAGGAAGACUACGAGGAGAUAAAGCCCGGGAGAACGUUUCAGUUAUCUUGGCGCAUUAACCCGAGGUUGAGACCUUCAGGACGAUGA